AUGGAUAAAUCUUGGGUCUUUUUACCAAGGAAUAGCCUUGAGUAUGAGAAAGGAGCAAGGGAGUUUGUGUCUUCUUCAUCAAGACGUUUAGGCGAUCCAGCUAAAAUGUUCUGCCCGUGUCUUGAUUGCCGCAAUGUCUGCCAUCAAUCUACUGAGACAGUUUUCGAGCAUCUGGUGAUAAGAGGAAUGGAUCAGAAGUACAAGAUUUGCAAAUAUUGGACCAAACAUGGGGAUACAAGGCCUCAUCAGUCAGCUGAUGCCUACUCGUCUGAAAAUGAGGCUUACGAGUUGUUUAGAACAAGCUUCAUGGGAAAUGAAGGCAAUGGAGCAGCUCAGCAAGAGAAUGCAGAAGCGUUUGAGGUAAUGGACAGGCCAGAAGAAGCUGAGUUCAGAAAGAAAUUAGAGGAUACAGAGACGUCAUUGUACCUGAAGUGUAUUAAAUACACGAAGGUAGCUGCAAUUAUGGGACUUUACAGGAUAAAAGUCAAGAGUGGGAUGUCUGAGAACUAUUUUGAUCAGCUACUGUCAUUAGUUCAUGACAUGCUCCCCGCAGACACUGUUCCUGAAACAGUUUGGUUUUGGAUACGAUGUCAUCCACGCCUGCAGGAACAUAUUCUUUAUAGAAAACAGUAUGAGGAUGCGGUCAGCUGUCCAAGAUGUAGUGAAUCAAGAUGGGAGAAGGACAAGCAGACUGGUGAGGAGAAGAAAGGGAUUCCUGCUAAGGUGAUCCGGUAUUUUCCGAUAAAAGACAGGUUCAGGAGAAUGUUUAGAUCGAAGCGGUUGUCUGAGGACUUGUGUUGGCACUCCACUAAUGCUUCUGAAGAUGGAACUAUGCGACAUCCAGUUGAUUCAUUGACUUGGGGUCAGGUUAACAACAAAUUGUCGGAGUUCGCAGCUGAAGCAAGAAACCUUAGACUAGGUAUUUCAACAGAUGACAUGAAUCCUUUCUCCAUCCAGAACACCAAGUAUAGCACAUGGCCUGUUCUACUAGUCAACUACAAUAUGGCUCCAAUGCAGUGUAUGAAAUCCGAGAACAUCAUGUUGACAAUGUCGAUACCUGGCCCAACCGCACCUAGCAACAACAUUGAUGUAUAUCUACAGCCACUGAUAGAGGACUUGAAGGAAUUGUGGACGGAAGGCAUGGAAGUCUAUGAUUCUUUUAAGAAGGAGAGUUUUACUCUUAGAGUGAUGAUGUUGUGGAGUAUCACUGAUUAUCCUGGUUUAGGGAUAUUAGCUGGGUGUAAAGUGAAGGGGAAGAAAGCGUGUAAUGUCUGUGGGAAGGAUACACCUCAUCGGUGGCUUAAGUUUAGUCGCAAACAUGUUUACAUGGGGAACAGGAAGCGUCUGAUGCCUAGUCAUCCUUACAGACGAAGGAAAGGAUGUCUAAGGUACUUCAAAAACGAUUUUGGAAAACAUUUACCUAAGAAGAGUAAGCGAAAAAGGACUGAAGGAGAUGAGGAUGAUGGUGUUUCAGCUGACGAGUACGAAGAAGAUGAUGAUCUGUGGCGGUGGAAGAAGAAGUCUAUCUUCUUCGAGUUACCUUAUUGGAAGGAUAUGCAUGUGAGGCAUAACAUCGAUGUCAUGCACGUGGAAAAGAAUGUGUCUGAUGCGUUGUUGUCUAUUCUGAUUCAUAGUGGGAAGUCUAAGGAUGGCCUAAAAGAACAAAGUGAUAAGUACAGGGAACUCAGGAAAGGGCAAAUUCCUCACACCACUAGCCGUAAAGGAAUGAAUCGACUUGCAGAUGAGAUGAGAAAAAACAGUUCUGAUCCUACGAAAGUUACUAGAACUAAGGUUUGGGUAGCUGGUCAUACGCAUUCUGAUAGAACACCCGUGCGUCAAGAAUUCGCAGAAACAAUAGAGAAGAUAAAGAGAAUUGACAGUGAGAUGGAAUCAAGUUCCGCAUAUAAUAUCUCUGAAGAUGCUGUCACUCAGAACACCGGAUAUGUUUCUAGUUCUGAGUUAAGCGAUGUUAGCCAGGGAAGAAUACGGUGCCAGAUAUUGGAUUGGGUUUCAAAUGAUGAUUUGGUUGUUGCUGAAGGAGAGUUCCACUUUAGUGAACCCACGUAUAAGAUUGGUCGAAUUCCACUGAGUCCUAAUGCGGCUGCUGUUGUAGUGAAGUCUGUAUCAGUUGUAACAGCAUCUAUAUGGAGACCUACUCCAAAUUGUGUAUCGCUUCCUCAGGCCGUUGGAGUGAAAAUUGCAUGGCCAUCUGAGAAGCUCAUAUUGGAUGAUGGUAUUGACUUAGGAAACAAUGCUAACACCUACGGGUGA